UUUCAAUACCAACGCCAAUCAAGUCCCAGCCAUUCGCCAUGAUGGUCCACAUAUUUCUCAGCUCCAUUUUAAUUUCGUUGGCUUUUGCAUUGACGAACGCCUCCGUCGAAUGGAGUCUCGUCCGUCCGGCCAUCGUUGACGACAAAGCCGUUUUGCCGUGCCCGGAAGAUUAUUCGCCGUGUUACUGCGGCGAUUAUCCCUCGUUCGGGCUGUACGUCGUCUGCGAACUGGUCACCAUCGAGGCCAUCGUGUCCGUGUUCAACCGCACCACCGACAGCGACAUUUUCUGGCUCCAGCUCAGACCGCUGCCCGACCUGGAGAAAAGAGGAGUCACGCUUCCGGCCGAUCUGCUGAGUGGCAAACGGGCCAGAGCCAUCGACCUCUACUGCCCCAGUGUCGUCACUGGGAAUUUGUACAGUCUAACCAUCGAUCCGGACGCUCUGACAUCUUCCGAGGACCUGAUUGAAUAUUUUUACAUCCUCGGAUGCGAUUUGAGCCAGCAAGCGGAUUUCAGCUUCCUAACUGGAUUCAACAAGUUGAUGAACUUGUACAUGUACGGGUCGACCAACAUCCAUGCGUUUCAAAACCUUCCCGUCUUGCCCAGCAUGGGAACGUUGAGCAUCAAUCAGUGCACAGGGCUGGACUCGAUCGAAUUUCCAGCUCAAUCACUUCCCAAACUCCAGCAGGUCUACAUGACGGACAAUCAGAUCGACGACCAAACGGCCGGAAGGAUAUUGACGUCGAUUGUUUCGUCCAGUUCAGUCGACACGGUCGUUGUCCUUUCCCUAGCCUACAACCUCCUAACCCAAAUUCCCGCCCAGAUUCUCUCGUUCACCAAGUUGAACGAUUUGAGUUUAUCUGGCAAUGUCAUCCCGUUUGUUUCCUCCACCUCCCUGGCCCUGCCAGCGACUAGGAUGGAGAGAUUAGCCAUGGCAAACGUUUCAUUAAACGUCAUCGAGCCAGGAGCCUUGAGAGCAAAUAUUGUCCUGGCCGACCUGACGAGGAACAAUCUGACGCAAUUCGAAUCGGCCGUCUUUCAAACUAUGCUACAAGGGAUGAUAACAUUGAAUGGCAGUCUGUCUAUCGAUUCGAAUCCUUUUGAAUGCGACUGCAGUUUGGCUUGGCUGAUCCGAGACAACCGGAACUUGUUGCCCGUCGUCCACGGAGCCCAGUGUUCCAACUCGACCCGUUUCGAGCAGCUGGAUCCUGGCGGAUUUAGCGAAUGCGUCGUCCCACUGCUGCAUUAAGUUCUGUCGACAGCAGCCCGAAAAUGUAUUAAAAAGGACUAAACCAAAUGCAAACUCGAUUCAGUUUCCUUGUUUGUGUGAUUAUACCAGCGAUCUUGUUUUUAACUUGAUGUACCUGAUCGUCGAUACGAUGAUGACUUAAUGGACAAAAAUAUAAACUUUUGCGUAUUAAAAA